AUGAGUCCCCUGCAACUUCGGCAGGCUUAUCUGCGAGUCCAUGAGACGAAAGGUGGCGCCGAAUAUACGCCCCUGGAUCAUUAUAAGUCUAAACGAGCACUCGCUCAGGGCUCUGAGCCUGCCGAGGGUGCUCUAGCUAUACCGUUUUAG